UACUAAAACCUAAAGUUGCGCUAGCACUUGUGAUCACUAUUUAUUUUGUUGUUUAUAUUUAUCGUAUAAUAUUCAGAUAGUUAAUUUAGACAAAAUAAGUUAAAUUUACAAAGGACUGUUAAGUGUUAUUAAUGAUGAUUGCGAGAUAAGGUUUUGAAAAUAAUGGUAAAAAUAAAAUUCUGAGGACAGAUUGAAGACUAAUUGUGUCUGAAUCGUAAAAAGUUAGACACGACGAUGGAUAUCCCGGUACAAAUAGCUGUUAGGCUGAGGCCUCCAAGCCUUGCGGACUCGUCCCAGUGCAUAUUCAGUAAUCCAGUAACACAAAUUGUGAUAACAGAGAGUGGACAAACAUUUCAUGUAAAUAGAGCCCUGCCAGUAGACUGCACACAAGCCCACCUCUUCAACUCAUUUAUGAUACCCCAAAUCAAUUGCUUUCUGGAUGGAUGUGAUACUUCAGUAGUUGUGUUUGGUCAAGCCAAGACUGGCAAAACAUACACUUUGUUUGGACCAGGUUUUGAAUGCAUUCACAGUGAAUGUGACCAAGGGAUUGUGCCUCGCUUCCUGUCGGAAAUAUUCCACAAACUCAAUCAAAUGCCAGAGAGAGAAUUCAUUUUGCACAUAACUUGGAUGCAAGUGGUCAACAACAACAUAUUUGAUGUGCUUGGUGCUGGCUUGGUGAGGUGCUGCAAUGUUGAGGAAGCUUUUCAGUAUUUACAGUUGGGGUGGCGGCAGAGGUGUCAGGGUAACAACCACACUGUCUUCACUGUAAGUGUUGAACAAAAAUGGGUCAGUACCAAUGGAGUACUGAAUCACAGAAUGUCCACAGCAAGCUUCUGUGAUCUGGCAGCAUACCCAGAACCAGGGCUGUUUGUUCUGGAGAAUAUCAUAAAGGAGUUGCUAGCUGGAAAUCCACCAAAGCAAAUAAACUAUGACCAGUGUAUCCUUACAGCUAUGCUCAGAGACUCAUUUGGUGGCAGAGCUUUUACUUGGGUCAUUGGAUGCAUAAGUGCUGAGCCUGAAGACUAUCAAGAUACACUAAAAACUUUGAAUUUGUGUUUAUGCUGCAGAGGGAUCAAGAACUUUGUCACUGUCAACCUCUUUGCUGACAAUAACACUCCAGUAUACAAUGACAAAUCUGUAUUGCCACAUACAGACAAUAAUUUUAAUCUACAAUUUGCUACUACUCAGUGGAUAAAACUUGUAUCUAAUGCUGAGGGACUUUUCAACAAAAUUCUUCAGUCAAAAUCCUUAUCAGAGGCUGAUAUAAACCAAGUUAGUGAAUGGUUGUUUUUAAAGGCUGAAUGUGAUGAAUGUUUGAAUGGGGAUGCUAGUGUUGACAACAAAGAUGCUAAUACUAAACAAGGUUUACCCAGAAUUGCUGAGGACACAGAACCAAGUGAGCCCAGUGAGUCGGAUGUUGAUUCAGACUCUGAGGAAGAUACUCAUUCAGACACAGUCUUUCAAGAUAAACUUGAAAAGUUUAUGGAGUAUUUUCGAGAAAAGAAUGAUCAACUAUUUGCUGAUAGGUGUGAAGAGUACUUAAAUCACAUUGACUCUGAUGAUAUCACAAUAUCAGAACUUAGUGGAUCACAGUCUUUACCUAUUAUGACAUCACAGUCUAAUUCUGGAAGAAGAAGAACCAUCCAACCUGGAGAAAGUCUGUCAGGAGCUGAGUUGGAAUUGUUAAGGAAAGUUGCAGCCAAAGCAAUCUCACCUGAAUCUCAAAAGAUACUCAUAGAAUCUCAUAAGAAGGAAAUUGAUCCAGAACCAAAAUUAAUUGAAAGGGAACUACUAAAAAUGAUUGAUUCUCCAAAGACUGAAGAAAUUUGUAAGAAGUACAAAAUAACAAAAGAAAAAUAUACUCAAAAACAAAUACUGGCACGGAAACUGUCCAAAGAAAUUGGCAGCAGUCAGUCUCAAUUAAAAGAACUCAUCAAUCUUUGUAUUGCCAAAGAGAGAUUAAUUAACGAUUUGUCGAAAUCUAUGUGCCAUGCUCAAAAUAAACAUUACUCUGAAAAAAUUGAAUCUAGUCUUAUAGAUCAAGAUACUAUGAGAGAAAUAAAAAGACAUGAAACCAACUUAAAAACCUACAAAAAGCAAAUUGAACAAAUAAAAAGACAGAUAAAGAAGGAUGAAAAACGGAAGAACACAUUAGAUGUAGAACUCGUAAAAGAUAAGUUGAAAUUGGAUGAACUUUCUGAUACAUCCAUAGAUAUCAAAGACAGGAAAACAAACUCGUUGAAGCACUUCACACAUAGGAUAACACAGCUAGACAGCAUUUUAAAAGAAAAGACAAAUGAUUUGGAAACCUUAGAAAUGUCCAAAGAAAAAGAACUGUUAUUGAGGAAAGAGAUCAAAAACUUGCGAAAGACAAGAGAGUGUCUGCAUGAACAGAGAUGUAGUUUAGGUCAUAAGAGAAAAAUGUACAAGUCACUUUCGGAUUCAGAAGAACGUAAAUUGCUUGAAUGUGAAGAAGCCAUAGAAGCUAUAGACACAGCUAUAGAAUACAAAAACAAUUUAAUUUGUGGUAAAUCUCCAUCAGCCUCUCUUUCUGAUUCUCAAGACAAUAAAGACUCAAGGAGUAGGGGAGAGCAAAUGUUGAUGGCGAGGCUUGAUAAGUUGUCACACGAUGAAAUGAAAACCUUACUGUACAGGUAUUUCCAAAAGGUGGUAGAUUUGCGUGGUGCUUGCGCAGCGCUAGAGGCGGGCGUGGCGUCGGCCAGCGAAGAGGCCGCGGUGUGGCGCGCGCGGGCUGCCGCGGCCUGGAGACACGCACAACGGCUAAGACCACAUGCUCAUUCUAGGCAUUUCCAAUCAAUACAUAGGUGCUUGGAUGGAGGCAAUGCAGAAAGGGCGCUAUCCUUGGGCAUGACAACGGAUUCGGAGACAUCCGACGACGCCAUGAGAUUAGUAGACCGUAUGAAGCAGCUUGCUAGGUGCCAGCAGCCACCGGUUAUACCUAGCCAAAACCUGCGACAGCUGAUGCCGGCCACUAAUCUGCCAGUCGCUAAAGUGACCAAGGAAAAGAACAAACUUAUUAUAGUACAACAAAAUAAAAAGCACUGACACUUGCAAAUACUUUUAUUGUCUAUUUUCAAUUUUAUCUUUGCAUUACUUUUUAUGAAUUACUUUAUAUUGUUUAUUCAGCUAUUGAUGUAGUCACUUAAUAUUGUAGUUCUAUUCUAUUACUGUUACAUCACGUUUUUUGUCUCACAAUUUGUAAAUAGUUUUGAUAUUAUGAUAAAGUAUAAGUAAUGAAAAUUUUUGUAUAUAUUUUUGCCAAUGAAGACUUAUUUAGUGUAAAUAAAUUUAUCAAAUCUGAUUCGUCUUUAAAACAACUUACUUAACAAUUCGAGCAAUAAAAUAUACACUAUGUAACUUAAAACAUUGUAAACUAAAAGUGAAAUAUAAAGAAAUAAACCGA